AUGGAAAAUCCAAAUGGGAACAACGAGGAAGUACCACCUCCACCUCCACCUCCCCUUAAUCAAGACCAAAUCAUCCUCCAACUACAACAACAAAUGGAGGAGAUGAGAAGGGAAAGAGAGGAGGAAAGGAGAAGAGAGGCACCGGUUAGAAAUGCAUUUGGGAACGUUAAUAUCCCAAUGCCACCCAUUGAUCCAAGAGUAAAUGCCAACAAUUUUGAGUUGAAGACGGCAUUGAUCCAAUUUGUGGAGCAACGUGUUUUCUCGGGAAGGCCCACGGAGGAUCCUAAUAUGCACUUAGCCAAAUUCUUGGAGAUUGCCAACACUACCAAGCUUAAUGGGGUUCCCGAAGAUACAAUCAAGCUUAGGCUAUUCCCAUUCUCAUUGACGGGAUAUGCUAGAGAUUGGUUUGAUAACCUUGAGCCGGGCUCGGUUAUAAGUUGGGACGACUUAGCCAAAAAGUUCUUGGAGAGGUUCUUCCCUCUUAGCUCUACUCUCAACCUACAAGCGGAGAUCUCCCACUUUAAAAUGAAGAGCCAAGAGUCUAUGUUCGAAGCAUGGGAGAGAUUCAAUGCUUUGUUGAAGAAGUGUCCUAACCAUGGGUUGUCUCCGGGCCAUCAAGUGAGCCUUUUCUAUAAUGGAUGCUCGGAAUUUAUCAAAAGUCAACUAGACUUUGGUUCGGGGGGAUCAUUCUUGGACAAAGGGGUUGAUGAGUGCAAGAAGAUGCUUCAAAGGCUUGCAUACACUAGCAAGAGUUGGAGCUCGGGUCGAGAUGGCUCUAUGCCGGUAGCUUCGGUUGUUGAUUCGGAUGCAUUCAAUCUCCUCAACCAACAAAUGAUGAUUCUCAAUCAAAAGGUGGAUAGCAUAAGUUUGGGGAUGGCACCCAAUGUAGAGCCUCAACCUACCGUAGAGGAUGUUAAUUAUGUGCAUCAAGGAGGAAAUCAAAGGAACUUCUACAAUUAUCGCCCCAACAAUGGGGGUGGUAAUUAUCGUCCAUCCUUCAAUACACAUCCAAAUCUUUCGUAUGGGAAUCCGAAUAAUGCUAUUCAACCAAGUGGGGUUAACAAUUCACCUAGCACUUCAAAGUCUUCAAGUGAUGUUACCAAUGAGCUUCUAAAAGCUUUGAUGGAGAAGACCGAUGGGAUUAUGGAACACUCUACCAAGAGGAUUGAUAAA